GACUCCUUAAAAACAGUGACAAGUCUCUGCUGAAUAUUCACCUCUCCUACCAAACUUUAGCUUGCAGAAGUUAUGGAAAAUUCUAAAGAGGUAGGUGAAGACAGCUGACAUUUACUUAAAACUCUUCUAAAGGGAACUUUGUUGGUUUGAAGUUUGAACUAGUUGUUUUUCUUUGCAUGCAAAUAGUUGGAUACUUCAAUCCGAUUAAAACUAUUUUGGUGUUUUUAUUUCUAGGUGGAUCAGUCUAAUGAGAAGGAGAGGCUGAAGAUGAAGAUCGCAGUUCUGGAGGAAAGUGUCAAGUCCUGUGAGGUGGACUGUAAAGCCAGCAGAGAGACAGUUCUGAGGCUGGUGGCAGAGCUGGACAGGGAGAGGAGGAAGACCGCCAGCAGUGCAGCAGCGCUUGAUUCGCUCAAAUCAGUAAGACCAAAGCUUUCUAGUCACAGGUUCGAGUAGAAUUAGUUGUCUAGACACUCAUUAUGAUAUUAAUGCCUAAAAAAAAAGGCAAGUCACAAAUAUGUUUAAUUUUCAAGGAUAUUUUAAAUAUACUUUGGGGUUUUUUCUGACUGACAGGAGCUGGAUGGUUUAGCAGAGGGAAGGAGGAGUGUGGAGAUGGAAAGAGGUACCCUAAUGGAGAGGGUGGAGGCCAGCAAGAGAGUGAUAGACGCAGCCAGGAGAGAGUCCCAGUGUUUAGAGACGCAGGUGGAGGAGCUGGAGAGAAAGCUACAGUCCAGCCAAAGAGAGACCCAAACAGCUGAAGAGAAACUACAGAUGUUUCUGGAAAAGGUGGGCGGUCUGCUGCAGGGGAAGUCUGAGAGCAUCAUCCUGCCAACAGAAGAAGAUGUUUUAUACGCACUUCACAAUCUCUGCAAUAAGGUAAAGGGCAAAAAGAGGAUUUCUGGCACAAAGUCUACUGCUAAUUUGGAAAAGGUUUCAAAUUUGGAACUACACUUUUGGGUUUUUAUAUCCUAAAAAAAACACUCUAUCCAUUCAGUCCCUUACAGAGUUGGAGGCUCGGCUCAGAGAGCAAACAGAGCACCGGCAGACUGCGCUAGAAAGGGCUCAGCUUGCAGAGCAGCAAGUCCAGGACCUGAGGGAGAGACUGCAAUCUGUAGAGACAGAGCUGCUGACUGCAGACAUGCACCGUGAGGGGCUGAGACACAGCAAACUGCACGUGAGUGACGCUAUGAAGACAGCAGGAGGAAAAGAGAGACAAAAAGUAUUAAUUGCAGAGGAAAAUUAUGACUUUUUUUUUACAGUUUGAAGAAUUUCUGGAGCAGCUGUCGGAGAUGAUGAAGGUUGACAGUCUUGCAGUGGAUCUGGGGUUCGACAUGAGGCUUAAACUCAUCCUGUCACGUGCAGAGCAGCUUGUUAAACAAGAAACUGCUGCUUUAGUGGAGAGCAAAAGCCUGACCUACAGUCUACAGAGAAAGGUAACCUACACAAAGAGUAGGUGGGGAUAUUAAAGGAUAUUAAUUGCUUAAGUGAUAACUAAGCUGUCUCUUACUUGGUCUCAAUAGUUAAAGUCACACAAAGACCAGCUGGAGAGCAAAAGCCUCCACAUCCAGCUCCUGAGGAAGAAAGUGUCAGAGCUGGAGGAGGAGAAGAGGAGCCGAUCAGCGCUGGCCGUAGAACGAGAUGAUGCCCAUCUUGAAGUUAGGAGGUUACAGAAAAAACUGGACCGCCUCCAAAGCGAGCUGAAAGCUAGCAAGCAGUCCAACACUGAGCUCAAGGCCCAGCUGUCCCACACCAAUGAGCUCAAGGUAGAGGGGAGAGGGGUCAGGACUCCAGUUCAAUCCAGAGGUGUCUUCACCUCAUAAUCUGUCAUCUAUGUGUCAAAUAUCUGUGUGUGGGUGUCAUGAAUAAUGCAUUGUAACAGUGCACCAUGUGUCGAGUGUGUAUUUCAUUAUUAUUACACUGUUUAUUUGGUAGCUGUAAGGCAAAAACAUAAGGCCUCUUUAUGACCUCUGUCUAACGUGCCAAGUUGAAAGUGAUGGAGCAGAGUCAGACCGUGCAGGAGCAGAAAAAGAAGCUGGAUCAGCUGGUGGAGGGGAAGGCCAAGGUGGAGAAGAAGCUGAACACAGUGAGCUCAGACCUACAGAGCCAAGAGAUGAAGACCAGAGAGGACCAGCAGCAGCUCAGCACCAUGAGGCAGAGCCUGGCUCAGCUGUCUGAGAGGGAGAGAGAGGUGAGGAGAUGAGGAGUUUGGAAAGUUUCGCAUCAGGAGCUUUGCAGAAAUAUUGAAGUCUGUUACUAUAAAUGUUUACAAGCUCAAGAGAGAAACUCAGCACCCAUGUUCUACCAGAUCUCUGCUGAUCUUUGAGAUUUUUAAUGGUCACCAUGCAAGAUUGAUGUACAUGUACCUUGAGAGUGUCAGUAAACCAUGACAUCGCUUCAGACUGUGACCGAAAAAGGAGGGCAAAACAUUUGUUUUCUACCUGGUCCCAAGUUACUUUCUUAGACUGCAUCUAUAAAUAACUCUACCUGAAUAAUAUACCACGUUAAAAUGUUUAAAUACGUGAAUAAUCCUCGUUUGUUCAAGCAUAAAAAAAUAGGAAAAAAAUAAUUCAGUUGUACUGUUGCAGGCAAGCUUGUUUGCUCGACUCUGUGCUCACUUGUAGAUUUCACAGUUUCUGAGAUGUUGUGAGAGUUAAAUACUCUUAAAACCUUAAACACUUUUUUCUGCGUCCAGCUUGUGGAUUUCCGAAUGGUUGUCUCCAAAAUGUUGGGUGUGGACGACACAAACCUGGCUCUUCCAAAUUACGAAAUCAUCAGAUUACUGGAGACCCUUCUUCACUCUCAUCAUCACCACCACCUUCAUCACCAUCACCCCAACAUGCCCUGGCUCUGUCCUACUCACCAAAGGACUCAUCUCCCCCAAAUCCAGGACCGCCAGGACAACUCCUCCUUGGAUCUUUCUGCUCUCAGGUCGACUUUUCCCGGCGAUGCGGUCCCCCUUCAAGAAGCCUAGACCUGAACUGUGCCAAACCUUUGCCUUUAACUAUAUAAAACAAGCCUCGGAUACUAUGAAAAUGAUCAUGUAUAUAUAUAAAAAGUACAAAACAAAUAAAAAGACAAAUAUCACAAA